AUUAUUAUUUUGCCACGUUAGUUGUUACAUUUUUCAUUCUCUCUCUUCCCAUCACUUUCUUCCUUUGAUUUUUGGUUUUUCAGGCCAUUCUUAUCUCUCUCACUCCAACAAGGAACUAUGCUUCUCCUUCACAUGCAGAGCUGUCAGCCAUGGAUUCUACAUCCAACACACACUCACAUCUCAUCAAUCUCCAACAAUUCCAGGAGACUUCACAGGAGGUAUAUGCCCUGCCACUUCAGCUUCAUCAAAUCUUCAGCCUUACAUGUGCGUGGUCUUAGAGGGCAUGGUGAAGGAAAUUAUUUAAUGAGUGAUCCAAACAGGGCACAGCUCACAAGUCUUAAAUUGUUUGCAUUUGUUAGAUCUGGGAGAUGGGAGGUUGAUUCUCACAGGUCAGAAGAUAAGUCAAAUUCCAACUCUAACAAUCGUGUCCCAGAAAAUUUGGGCAUCGAGUUUGUUUGGAUGAAGAAAAAUAAUAAUAGUUCUCAGGGUCCACAGGCUAGAAGCAUGAUACAAAUUAUGUCAAUGUACAUCAUACUGAGAUUGACCUAUAAGAAGUUGUAUGAUUUGAUGAUAAAAGUCGGCCAAGCAGUGGUUCCAUAUGUGUUUCAGACUCUUAGUGCAACAAGCUUACCUCUUGCUUGUGUUUCUAAUGCCUUGAAUAAACCAAAGCCUCUUAAUUUAGAUGUGUCCUUGCCUUCUUUUCAUGAUAUUAGAUGGAGCUUAGCACGGUUGUUAUACUUAUUUAACAUCCAACUUGAAAGAAAUGUUGCCACGUUCUUUGUGGUGCUCCUUAUAAUGUGCUUCUCAUUUGUGGUCAUUGGUGGUCUUCUGUUCUUCAAGUUCAGGGGUAACAAAAAUUCCCUGGAAGAUUGUCUUUGGGAAGCCUGGGCAUGUCUUUGUUCAUCAUCUACUCAUUUAAAACAAUCAACACGUGUUGAACGUGUUAUUGGCUUUCUUCUUGCAAUAUGGGGUAUAUUGUUUUACUCUCGACUUCUAAGCACGAUGACUGAACAAUUUAGGAGUAAUAUGCAAAAGCUCAGGGAGGGGGCUCAAAUGCAAGUUCUGGAGUCUGAUCAUAUCAUUAUAUGUGGGAUGAAUAGUCAUCUUCCCUUCAUAUUAAAGCAGUUAAAUAAGUAUCAUGAAUUUGCUGUCCGCUUAGGCACAGCUACAGCUAGGAAGCAGAGAAUCCUUCUUAUGUCUGAUCUUCCAAGAAAACAGAUUGAUAGAAUAGCUGACAAUAUUGCAAAAGAUUUAAAUCAUAUUGAUGUCCUUUCCAAGAGUUGCAGCCUUAGUUUAACAAAAUCAUUUGAAAGAGCAGCAGCCAACAAGGCACGUGCAAUAAUUAUACUGCCAACAAAAGGGGAUCGGUAUGAAGUUGACACAGAUGCAUUUCUUUCUGUUUUAGCCCUUCAACCAAUUCCAAAUAUGGAUUCUGUCCCCACCAUAGUUGAGGUUUCAACUUCCAAGACAUGUGAGUUGUUGAAGUCAAUAUCAUUAUUGAAAGUGGAGCCAGUAGAAAAUGUUGCAUCCAAAUUAUUUGUUCAAUGCUCUCGGCAGAAGGGACUUAUAAAGAUCUACAGGCACUUGCUAAAUUAUCGAAAAAAUGUAUUCAAUCUUUGCAGCUUGCCUAAUCUAGAAGGAAUGACAUAUAAGCAAAUAAGACAUGGAUUUCAAGAAGCCAUUGUAUGUGGUCUUUACCGGAGUGGGAAAAUAUACUUCCACCCAAAUGAUGGUGAAAUUCUGCAGCAAACUGACAAAGUACUGUUUAUUGGAUCCCUUCGGGAUACUAAAAAGCCAGAAGUUGUAACCCUUAAUGGGAAAGAAGGAAACCAUGGAAUUCAUAACAAGGAAGUACAAGAAAAGGAUGUGGAACAUGCCAUCAAAUUGGGUAAAAGACUUGCUAAUAUUGUAAAACGUCCUAAUAGAUCAGGUUCCAAGGCAUCAGAUGGGAAUGUUGGACCAAAAGAAUGCAUUCUUUUACUUGGGUGGCGCCCUGAUGUUGUCGAAAUGAUUCAAGAGUAUGAUAACUAUCUUGGUCCUGGAAGUGUUUUGGAGGUGUUAUCAGACACACCAUUGGAUGACAGGAUUAUUAGGUCAAGCAACAUCAAUGUCAAUGGUCAUAACAAACUCAAGAAUGUCCGAGUUUCUCAUAGGAUUGGGAAUCCCAUGGACUAUGACACCUUAAAGGAAACCAUUUUGAAUAUUCAGAACUCAUUAAAGAAUGAAGAUGUACCAAUGUCAAUUGCUGUCAUAUCUGACAGAGAAUGGCUUCUUGGAGAUCCAUCAAAGGCAGACAAGUUGUCUGCCUAUUCUCUCCUCCUUGCCGAAAAUAUCUGCAACAAACUUGGAGUUAAGGUGCAAAAUCUAGUUGCAGAAAUUGUUGAUUCAAAGUUGGGGAAACAGAUUACUAGAAUUAAGCCAUCAGUGACCUACAUUGCAGCAGAGGAAGUUAUGAGUCUUGUAACAGCUCAAGUGGCCGAGAACAGUGAACUGAAUGAAGUUUGGAAAGACAUACUAGAUGCAGAGGGAGAUGAAAUUUAUGUCAAGGAUAUUGACCUAUACAUGAAAGAAGGAGAGAAUCCAUCAUUUUCUGAGCUUUCCGAGAGAGCAUAUUUACGGAGAGAAGUAGCUAUAGGAUACGUGAAGAACAAGAAAAAUGUAAUCAACCCAGUUCCCAAGUCUGAACCCCUCUCUCUUGAAAUGAGUGACUCCUUGAUAGUCAUAUCUGAGCUGGAAGGAGAGCAACCAGUGGUUUUGUAAUGCUGAAAGCUUUUUAAUCAUGUGAAGAAAAGUUUUGGAAAACUCUGCCCCCCAAAAUUUGGGGCCAUUCAUUUUGAUGAUUGCAUCCAGGUGAUUGAUUGCUAUUUGGGAUGAUGUUUUAGGACUUGACUUUCAGUGAACAUGUUCUAGGAAUCUAUUUAUCUACCAACUAUGUCAAGUCAAGUCUUGCUGGUCAAAUUGUUACUGCUCCUGUUUGCCACUUAUUAGUUCACUCAUACUAGAUCAAUGUUCAGCUUCUCGGGUGCAGAAAAUGGAAGAAAUGUAUUUCUAAUAAUUCUAUUGCUAUAUGAUGGAUUUUUAUAAACCAAAGUUCCUCUGCAAUAAUCAUAAAUAAAAAAGAGUAGACUUAACUAA